GAACUUUAUGAAAUGGAAAAGCUACACGUAGUUUUAAAUUCUUUACCUCAAAUGUCCAAAGACAUCGUGGACGACACAAUUCAUGAAAAAGUUCUUUCCUAUCUUUCAGAGUAUGCAUCUCAAGGGCCUGUUAUGGUUGCCACUUUCGUGGAUUGGAACGUCAUGGAAAUUAUACGUGCUUGUAUUAUACAAGAAAAUCGGUGCAAUGAGAUCGAAAAUGGACACGAAGGCACCAAAGACUUUAGGAUUAUAUCAUUAUCCAUACGCUUUCUAGCACGUCUUUUAGCUAAUGACGAUAGGCAACGCGCGCUUUUAUUUAGUCAAAUCAUUUACAGUUAUAGUGAUGUGCUUAAUUUUGUUCUGGACAACGCAUUCUCUGAAGAAGGCUUGAUGCGAUAUUCGUGUAUUGAAGCUUUGGAACAAAUAGUUACAUAUGAACUUGGUGCCAAAUGGUUCCAUAAUACAAAAUGUGCGCAAGUUGUUGCCGCUUGCUUUUUUGACUCUAAUACGACAAAGGCAACUGCGCAAAAUGAUCUUUUGGAAUUUUUAAUUUCAACUCUCGAUCUUUUCAAUAAGAUGCAAGAAAUGUUAUUUGACCCUAAUAAAGAUAUCGGACAGCGCUUAGCGGCCCUACAACUUAUUUUAACUUUAGCAAGUUCAAAGACAACUAAUGCAUUCGAAUUCUUGAAGCGUGGACAACUACUAACCCGCAUAGGUGUAUUACUUGCUGAGCGAGAUAGAGUCAUGAGAUCUCGAGCAAAUGAUAUUUUGUGUGCUGUUCUUGAAUGGGCUCCGAAUUCUAUUUCUUUGCUAAAAGGUGCUAGCUGUACGAACGAUCCAAUCACUGAAACAUUUGAUUUCAUCAUAACCGAUAUCACUGCAGAAGAAUCGAUAAAUAAAUUAUCGAUUUAUGAUAAACCUGAUGUAAAUUCGUUAUAUACUAACGGAACUUAUGAUAAGAUAACUGCAUCAACCGACGCGAUAUGUGACAUUUUAUUUAUUCCCAAUUACAUUACUGAUCAUCGCAUAUUGGAGUCAGUGCUUAGUGUCAUUCCCAUUGCCCUUUCUGCCAAAAUCGCUAAUAGUCAAACUAAAGAAAGUCAGACUACCAAUGAGAUAUUAGAGACAAUUCAAAAAUUGAUGAAAGAUGCGCAAAUAGAAUGUCAAAGUGUAGCUAUAUUACUUGGAACAAUGCAAAAGCUUCUUACUGAUAAUAUUACUGGUCAAUAUAUUCUUGACAAUAAAUAUGGGGAUGAAUGGGCCGAUACGCUCCUACUCAAAGUAAAUGAUUUUCGUUGGGAAAUACGUGAUUCGGUCCUUGAAUUUGUUGAUAAGUUAUUUGAAGAGUCGAAUAAUAUUGGGGUUGAUAUUGAUUUUGCACUCAGAUUUGGUUUGCCUCAGAUGGUUAUUUUAAAAAUUAAUGAUGAUGCAGCUUAUGUACGUGCAUCAUGCUUAAAAGCAAUUAAGUCAAUUAUUUGCCAUUCAAAUGGAUGGAAGUAUAUUGUUUCCCAUAAUCUGCAUAUACAAAUUGCUUCUAAACUUCCCCUAAUGAUGAAAGAUACCGAAGCUCUCGUGCGACGAGCUGUUAUGGAAUUAAUGAUUUGCUUGAUUAUAGAACGCGAAUGUGGUUAUAUAUUGUUAACAAAUCAAAACAUGGAGAAUAUUAACCAAGUUGUAAUGGAUAAGAUUAUGAACGAUCCAGAUUUUUAUGUUCAAAUUGGCGGUUGUCAGUUUCUUACAGCGGUAUGGUAUUAUUGCGAACAAAAUCAAAAGAAAAAAAUGUCUGCAGAGAACUCUUUAAUUGGCGAAAACUUAUCAUGGUUUUAUUGGCUUAAUGGAGAUAAGUUUCUCAUUAACGCAGCUGAUAAUCCAAGCCGUCUAGUUCGUGGCGAAAUUCUUCAGAUACUUAGACGUCUAAAACUUUAUCUCGAAGAACAAAUAACGUCUAAUAAAGAGUUCUCAUUAUCAACGACCAUUAAUGACAAUUCGCAAUUCGAUAAUGGAAUUGUUAACACAUCGUCUCCGUUAAUGAAAAAACAUUCGGAUUUUUACAGAAAAAUAUCAUUAAUUGAUUUUGAUCGGCUAGAAGCUACCAUUGACGCUGAACAUUUAUACAAAGAAGCUUUAGAAAGUGUUAAUCCUAGAAUGAUGGUCAAUGCAGAUUUAAUAGUAGAAGGAAACGAAGACAAUACAUUGGAUUGCUAUUUCUAG